CCAACUCCCAUGAUGCAACAGCCAACAAAGAGACGACAGCACAGAGAAACGGCAGCUAGCUGGAGAAAAGUUUUAAAUCCUGAAUAUACUUAACAUUUCAAACAUCCACACCGCACGCUAUCAGUUUAGCGCUAAACGCAUUCAUAAAGCGUCCGUUUUUCCUCGGCUGUGUGAGAAGUGAGCUCGUUUCUCUGAUGUUUUUAUAGCCUCAGCUAUUCAGUUAGCCGUGCAGUAAUGUCUCAUGAUAUGAUGUCUUAGCUCCACGGACUCUGACAUGAAAACUGCUGUAAGUUGACAGUAUAUAAAAGACACGACAGGUAUGGCAGUUGUGCGCCUUAUGUAACUAGCAAUGUGUGAGUGUUCAUCAUCUCCCGCAUCCCUAGAACGUUUUGCGUAAUCCCCCUCCAAUUUAAGGGGGAUCCCUCAGAAUGAAGAAGAUCAGUCUGAAGACAAUAAGGAAGUCAUUUAACAUUAAAGGCAAAGAAGACAGCGAAUAUGCCGUUUCGCAACCAGACCUGCCAGCCAAUUUCUCCGCUGAAGACUCUCUGUUUGGAGGAUGCUACAGCAAAGAUCUUGUCGGCGGCGACUUGGAUAAUGAGGACGAGAAGAGAUCCAAAGUCCGAUCUAAGAGUGAGGGUCUCAUGGGCACCUUGAAACGGAGACUGUCAGCGAAACAGAAACCAAAGGUCAAAGGUGGUUCUCCGUCUGUAUCCUCUAUAGAUGAUGACACCUUCUCCUCAUCUUCUGCACCCAUUAGUCUAAGUGACAUGAAAUCUCAGCGUUCCACAUCCAUCCAUAGUCACCAUUACAGUCCCACGCCGUGGCCUCUCAGACCAGCAAACUCGGAGGAGACGUGCAUCAAGGUGAACGCGUUAAUUAACUCCUCAGAUCCGAGCCCGUCUCUCGACAGCGUGCGCCAUGACUUCCUAGACCUCCGGAGAGACAGACUGUUUGAAGAAUCAAGCGAGUCGUUGAAAAUCACCAGAUGUGUGCCAGACCAUCAUUCAGACUCUGAGAACAACGACUUGCAUCUUGAAAUAGAUGAACACAUGCCUGUAGUUCUUGGUCUUGCAGCUCAGGAUUAUAUUCAGUACACAAUGCCUUUAGAUGAUGGACUCUAUCCUGAUGAGGAGGGUUCACGCUCUUUUUGCUUAGAUAGCACCACACCUAUGGAUGUUGUUGAACAGACAGAGGGAUGCAGAUCACUUCAUGCUGACGAGGAGCCUAUCGAUCAGGAUCUCCUGUCACCGGACAUCUUCAUGGAGUCAUCAGUGAACCAGCUUUUUUUAAACACUGCAAACGUCUUGCUGCAGGGCUCCACGCUCGAAGCCCCUCUUUCUCCCUUGCUACCUCCGUUACCCAGCAGCUAUCUACAGAGAAGCUUCCCUGGGUUCGGCGGUACUCACGCUCAGGUUGCAGAGAGAGUCAUGCACCAUCUCAACUUUGACCCGAACUCUGCUCCGGGAGUGCAGCGGGUCUACGAUGCUGUGCAGAACAGCGGGCCCAUGGUGGUUACUAGUCUCACGGCAGAAUUGAAGAAGCUUGCCAGGCAGGGUUGGUAUUGGGGACCUAUUACAAGAUGGGAGGCAGAGGAGAAGCUGACGAAUCUUCUGGAUGGUUCUUUUUUAGUCCGCGACAGUUCCGACGAUCGGUAUCUCCUAAGCUUGAGCUUUCGCUCGCAGGGCAAGACGCUCCACACGAGAAUCGAACACUCCAAUGGCAGUUUCAGCUUCUACGAGCAGCCUGACAUCGAGGGCCACACGUCCAUCGUGGAUCUCAUUGAUAAUUCGAUUAAAGAUUCGGAGAACGGAGCGUUCUGCUAUUCGAGAUCACGCUUACCGGGGUCCGCCACCUACCCUGUUCGACUGACCAAUCCUGUUUCGAGGUUUAUGCAGGUCCGGUCGCUGCAGUACCUGUGUCGAUUUGUUAUCCGGCAGUACACUCGAAUAGAUCUAAUCCAGAAAUUGCCUUUACCGAACAAAAUGAAAGACUACCUGCAGGAAAAGCACUACUGAACACAGUAAAUCUGAACUUCUGUACCGGAUUUGGUUGCUAUAGUUGCACUUUUGGGAAGAUGACAUUACAAUUUCGCAAAUAUUUCAAGGAUUUUGUUACCAUUAAACCACACAUUUUUCGAAAGAAAAGAUGAUGUUUGUUGGCGUAAUACAGUAUGUGUCUGGUAGAAUAGAUAAUUCGGUGGUUCGUGAAGAGAAGAUGCAAUGGCAGAAUGUUGUUUGUUCGAGUGUUUGGAUGUCAAUGUUGGAGUUGUUUUCGCAUGUUCUCUAUCUAGAGUACUGUAGAGUUUUGUUUUUGUUACAGGAAUAUCGGUCCAGAGGAUCAAGUGUUUUUAUGCAUCUCUCACACAAUGGGAUAUUAGCACAGAACAAGUUUAUUGUAAGGCAUUUAGAGGUUCUCUCUAACAAUGCACAGAGGUGUAAUAAACACCUUAGUUAUGGAUUGUGAAAUUUGGUUUUGGUGAACACAUGACAUUCCUCCUUGCCCUUUUUUGUUGUUGUUAAAUACGUAACUUUUUGUUUUACUAGCAACUGCUAUGUCACGACAUGAUCAUAUUCAAAGGGAAAAUGUACCUUACAAGUAUGCCAAAAUGAUGUCCUGUCACCACAUCACCCUACAUUUCAAAGAUGUUCCUCUUCUGUGGAGUUACUCUAUAAGCUAUAUUAGCUGCUUUACAUGAUUUUACGUUGAUUUACAUUAUUUAGCACAUGUAAUGCCAAGGUUAGAUGAUUCUGUGCCUCGCUGAAACUGAUCUUUGAUGUAGUAUUGAUUGAUUUUGGGCUGUAUGAUUUCUUUGUUAUACCAGUCACCUUUUUAACAGACAUGCAGUUACAUUAUAAACACACUUGUUCUUUGUUUUCCCUGUGCAUCGUUUGUUUUCGUUAGAGUUGUUAUUGUUUUGGAAACAGAAGUUAGCUAUUAUGGACUAAGGUACAGUUAAACAUAUUAAACCAAUUCCUUUUGGGAACAGAGUUUGCUUAUUGAUAUGUUGUAACUUGAAUUUGUUCUUCAGUUCAAAAUAAAAGUUUUAUAUGAAGAA